AUGUGGUUGGGACGCCACAGCGGCCUACUCCCCUGGGCCUCGCUUCUCCUGCCCUACCUGGUAUCCGCCCAAUGCCCGCUGUACCAAAACUACGCCGCGCAACGCCACGAACCUAUUUCGGCUGGAAAUUGGAGUUUGAGCUAUGCGAGGCCCAUCGUUCCGUGUCGGACUUUUCGUUCGCAAGAGGUGGAAGAUGCGAUAGAUCGGUUACGUGGUGUCAUCAAGGAUCCUGAUCUUUUUCGUAUUUUCGAAAAUUCAUGGCCAAGCACACUGGAUACUACCAUCGCAUGGCGAGGAUGGUCAAAUACAAGCAGUACCCCAUCGCUAGAAGGUCCAGACACGAGCAAGAAACCUGAAGAACUCACCUUUGUCAUUACCGGCGAUAUUGAAGCCAUGUGGCUCCGAGACUCAGCCAACCAACUCCAAGCCUACAUAACCGUCUUGAAAAAGAACGACUCCGAAGACAGCCUAGCCAGUCUCUUCCGCGGCGCCAUCAACCUUCAAGCCCGCUACAUUCUCGAACACCCCUUCUGCAAUGCCUUCCAAGCCCCCGAAGAAAGCGGCAUCCCCCAGCACAACAGCAUGAACAGCGACCGCAUUACCCCACCCUUCGACUACUACAAAGUCUUCUCCUGUCAAUGGGAGCUCGACUCCGUAGCCUCAUUCCUCCAACUCUCCGUCGACUACGUAACCGCAACCCGUGAUUACGACUUCUUUGCCCGCUCCAGCAACUGGACCGCCGCUGUCAAGACGAUCCUGGAAACCGCAGAAAGCAUGAUGAUAGACUCCUACUCCCCCUCUGGCGAAUGGCAACACACACCCUAUACCUACUGCGCCCCUUACGGUGGAACCCCCAUCAACAACUGCAACGGAAGCCCACACAAAGGCCACAUCGGUCUCGUCCGCUCCUUCCAACGCCCUAGUGACGACGCAUGUACAUACCAAUACCUCAUACCCAGUAACAUGAUGUUCUCCUCGGCCCUCAACACCUCAUCGGCAAUAAUGCAAUACCUCGACUCGCGCGCCCCCACCAGAGACACUGGCAACCUAACCACAUGGAUGCAAACCAUGUCGACGAACAUCAACCGCGGUAUUGAAAGAUACGGCAUUGUAAACGAUCCCAAAUUUGGUAAAAUAUACGCUUACGAAGUCGAUGGUUACGGUUCAGUGAAUAUAAUGGAUGAUCCUAAUGUCCCCUCGCUACUCUCUGCUCCCGCGAUCGGAUACACCACUGUCCACGACCCCAUAUACGCUAACACGCGUCGGAAACUUUUAUCUAGGGAGAACCCGUACUACGCUGUUGGUAAGGUAAUUACUGGUAUUGGGUCACCGCAUACACUGCCUGGAAAGCCGUGGCCCAUGGCGCUUAUCAUGACCAUUCUCACAAGUGAAGAUGAUGAGGAGAUUAUAAGGAAUCUCAUGUGGUUGGUCCAGAGCACAGAUGGGUUGGGGUUGAUGCAUGAGAGUGUGGAUGCGAGGGAAGCUGGGGUGUGGACUAGGCAGUGGUUUAGCUGGGCGAAUGGUUUGUUUGGACAGAUGAUUUUAGACCUCGAGAGGAGGAAGCCUCGGAUUUUGGGGUUGAGUUUUCAGUAG